GUGACUGGUCACUGUGACCAGGUCUUGGGUGACAUUAACAUCUGAACAAGCCACAGGCCCCGUCCACGCAAUGUGGGCAGGACCAUGUCCUGGCAGCUCCUGGUGCCCAGUGCUGAUUCCUGGUGUCCAGGGUGUGGGGGCUCCUCAGCUACUAUCAUGUAGGAGCCAGAGAAGGGUGACUGUGUUUUUGAGAGAAAACUAGGAGGAUCCCAGGGAUCCCACCCCUGGUGAGACACCCCUCAAUGAGUGCUGAAUUCUUCCUGUCUACUCUCUUGAGGACCAUCUUCUCUGAGCCAUGAGACCCCCUUGGCACCCAACAGGGCUCCUGAGCAGCUAACAGCAGGUGCUAACUCUAUAAGAAGGUUUGGGGAAACACUGAAACUUCUCAAGUUCGAAAGGACGUCCUAGAAGCCCCACCAUUUCAAAGCAGCCCUGAGGAGAUGGUGCCCUGCUCCUGCCCCAGCUCUGUGCUCUGCCUCCUCCCCUCCCUGCUGCUCCUGUUCCAGCUGCCUCCUGUGGGGUCCCAAGGGAGUUUCCGUGUUUUUGGUGCCCCAGGCCCCAUAGUGGCAGAGCUGGGUGAGGAUGUCACACUGCCCUGCUUCCUGUACCCAGUCAUGAGUGCAGAGAACAUGGAAUUGAGGUGGUUCCGGUCACAUUUCUUGGAGUCAGUGUUCAUCUAUCGAGACCAACAGGAACAACAUGAGGAGAUGAUGGCUCAGUAUGUAGGGCGGACCUCGCUGGUGGGGAAAUUCCUCAGUAAGGGGAAGGCUGCUCUACUCAUUCACAGGAUUCAGGCUUCUGACAAUGGACUGUACAACUGCUUCUUCAGCAAUGGAUACUUCCAUGAGCAAGCCAGCUUGGAACUGCAGGUGGCAGGUGUGGGCUCUGCCCCCCAUGUGCACAUCACGGGGCCAGAGGAGGACGGGGUACGCAUGGUGUGUAUGACCUCAGGCUGGUUCCCAGAACCCCAGGUGCAGUGGAGACACCCCCAUGGGGUGCAGUUCCUGGAGUUCUCAAAGAUCCAGUCCCAGGACACUGAGGGUCUGUUCAGCGUGGAGGCCUCUCUGGUAGUGAGAGACAGCUCUGUGGGGAGCGUGACCUGUUCCAUCCUCAACCCCGUCCUGGGCCAGGAGAAGUCCAUGGCCAUUGUCAUCCCAGAGCCCUUCUUCCCCCGGGCCUCUCCCUGGAAGCCGGCUUUCCUGGUGAGCCUGCCCUUGCUGCUGCUCCUGCUCCUUGGAGCUGCCUGCUACACCCGGAGAGAACAUUCCACACUGAUGCGGGAGCUGCAGGAACAGAGGAAUCUUCGUCCGGCUAAGGAGGAGCACCUACAGACAAAGGUGGAGGUCCUGAAGGACAUAGAUGAACUCCAGGCCAUUCUAGACCAGAGGAAGGCAGCUUACCUGGCUGAGAGUCUCACCUGCAGAACAGGGGAUGGUCAGGGUCCCUGGAUCACAAGAGCAGCUGGUUGUGCUGAGGUCUCACCUGUGUGUUCCCUUUCAGCCUGGAGGAAGGCCCAGCUGUAUGCAGAUUGGCGGAAGGAGCAGUUCCGGGCCUGGCCUGUCACUCUGGAUCCAGGUUCUUGUUAUGGUGGAAUUGUCCUCUCUCAGGAUAGGAAGAGUCUGAAGAGUUCCAAGGAUGGAAAUAAAGAAGGAUACAGUGCUUGUGGUCUUGAGGGCAUCACAUCAGGGCGAUGUUACUGGGAGGUAGAGGUCAGGAAUGUACACAACACUGAGUGUGCACUGGGGGUCUGUAGGGAAGAUGAAAAAACUACAUUUAGUAUUCCAUCCCCACUGAAAGGGAUAUGGAUUAUUGGCUGGUACAAUAACAUUUUCUUAGCCUUUGCUGAUACUCCGCUACCCCUUAGGCAGGUUCCCCACAGGGUGGGGGUUUUCCUGGACUAUGAUCACGGGGACAUCUCCUUCUAUGACAUGACUGAUGGCUCCCACAUCUUCUCCUUCCCUCCUGAGUCCUUCUCUGGGACCCUCUUUCCAUAUUUUGUCUGUUAUUUUGGAGACGUGUCCAUGACCCUCUGCUCCCUGGAGGUUGGGGCCCAGAAGCCCUCUGUGCCCAUGAACAAUCCUCUUUCUCUGGAGGAGUCUGUGUGUUCCCCAGGGGAGGGGAUCCCCUCAGGCUCUGGUGUGGAUGGGGCUCCCCCAGGGUCUGAAGCCCCCCUCCUCCCCUGUACCUCUGAGACCAUGUCACCAUAGGGCCCCUCCCUGCCCAGCCCUGCCCUGGGCUCUUCUUGGGGCUGCAGGUUCCCUGUGGACAAACCUGUGAGUGAGUCCCGGAUGCUGGAGUCUUGUCCUCCUUAUCUGGGUGCAGUUUCCUGAGCCGUGGCUGAGAGAAGAGUCAGGUCAGGCCUUGUGCUGAGACAUAACUUUGAACCCAUUUAGGGUAGAACUAAUUUUUCCAUGGGAAAAAUUUAUUUGGUAAAGAAAAUAUUUACUAGGGAUUUUAUGCCAUUAGGACAAGAAAGGGGAUGAGCUGAAUGAUUCUCCUAAAUUAAUUGGAGUUUACUUUAUCCAACUGGACUUUGUGUGGAGGAACCUAGAGCCUGAUGGAGGGUCCCCAGAUAUUUUAGGGGUCUGGACUAUCUGACCAGAAACUUCUGCCUCCAAAAUAUUUGGGGAAAUGGCAGACGACAGACUUUUAGAGGAGCCUAAUAUUCUGUUAUCUGCUUCCUACUCUGGAAUGGAUGAAAUACACUUAAUCUUAUCAAACCUGAUGAGUUUCUAUGACCAGUGAUAAACUUGUGGUGUGUUAAUGUGGUGACCUCAGGAGAAGGAUCUGGUUCCUCUUUUGUGUCAAACCAUUUGGAAAGGAGAAAACAGCUCCCUGAAUUAAGAUGAGAAUGAAAAAGAGACUUUCAGACUCAGGGUGACUUGGGGAACUGAAACUUGAGUUCUAUGGACCCCUGUGCUGACUUGGUCACGGGAACCACAGCUGCCAGAGGGAGCAGGAUCCUGAGCCCCAGACCUGCAGGGAGGAAGGUGUGAACCCUCCCCGAGGGGACACUGACUGGUUCUGUUGGGAGGAGAAGACAGAGAAGGAGGAGUGGGGGAGUCAGAUGUCAUAAUCAUGUGUGACUAUAAAGAGAUUUUAAUAGUUUUAACAAUUUCUCUUCUGUGUAUUAAUUUGUAUUUAUUACCCAUUGUCUUCAUUUGUCAUCUUCCCUUGUGCUUUUAUACAAGUUGAUGCAGUUUAUGUUUAUAACAUAGUUUUGGGUAACAGAAUAGAUAAAGGGGUGCA